AUAAAAUAUAAAUAAAUAUUGAAUUAAUUGACAGAACGCUAAAGGACACAGAUUUACAAUAACUUGAGAAAGGCACAGUAGCAUUCACCAACAAACACAUGGAACUCCCUACCCAAGAGACAUCCUCUCACACAAGCCAGAAAAGAGACACAGAUGUAGGAUUACUCACCCAUCAUAGAACACACCGCACAGGGAGAGAGACAGACAGACAGACAGACAGACAGACAGAUCUUAGAUCCCAAGUUUAACAUAUAGCAAGCUUGUGGAUAUAAACGCACCCAGUCCCAAGAGCACCUGUUUUGUGGCUGUGGGGAGGGGCUUUCCGAAGCCCCGCCCCCAACCAAGCCACACCCCUUAAGUUGCCGCUAUUUGCUGGCCUUGUUCUGUGGUUCUGAGGUGUCUCAGCAGCUCCUAUACUCCAGCCUGCUAACAGGUGAGUGGCAGAGAGUAGGGAGGCGGGAAUCUUGUCUACCAUACCCUUGCCUUCCUCUGCCUAGAAGCUUGUAAUACCUACUCGCAGAACCCAGCCCUGCCCUGUGCAGCUUGGCACUAAAGGUCCAGCCCUGGGUGGAAGCUCCUAAGCUGAUUGUGAACCGAGAGGUGACCGGGAAAGGAGUGAGCGAGAAGUGGGGCGGGGCUGAAGAGAGAGAGGAAGGCCUGGGUGGAAGGAAGAGGGGCUUGGAAGAGCUGAGGUAGUCCUGUUACUCUGAAGGAAGUUAGUAGCAGAAGGCAAACAGGGUGAGAGAUUGUUUGCAUGUGUGGUUUAAGCUGGGGGCGGUGUUUGGGCCUGAAGGAAUAGAAGGGAUGUGUCUGCUGGGAGAGGCUCUUGCGAGAGACUCCCCCUAGAGUUCGGAGAGCCCUGGGCAUUCCCUGACUUUUAGUAUUGCCUAUCCUCUGUGCUGCCUGGCAUUGAUUUCUGGUGUGCACCCACUAGUGCCAACCUGAGCCUCCAAAAGGAUAGUCAUGCCCCAUCCCUCCAUAUCAGCUGGUUCUUGUCUCAGGUGGACAUGGCCCACAAAGGCCACUUUCAACCCAGCAGCCUGGACUGGGCCCUGCGACUGAUCCUGGCAUGGAUCUUCUUGGUGGCCUGUGGAGGGAGCCACCCACUGCAAGCUAGAUUCUGGGGACAUCCUGGGCUGGCAGCCAAUGUGGGCGCAAGCCAGCUGCACCUAGCAGGGAACCCUCCAUCCUCGGUUCCACGGCCUUCCCUAAGGAUCCAAGAUCCUGGUUCACAGACAUCAGCCCUGCCAGAACCUUGUUGUAACUCAGAUAUAGACGGACCAGAGGCUUCAAUCCCAGGGAUCCUUCUAGAAAACUGCGGUGUGCCGAGCCCAGAAUGUGAAUUCUUCCUCAGACACCUUCAACGUGCCCUCCACAGUCGCUUCCACUCGCUGCUGCUUGGGGUUCACCGAGUGCAGCCUCUCUGCCCGGAGCUCUGCCAGAUUUGGUUCACCACCUGUGAAGCAGAUUUUACCUGUGGCCCAACUUGGCUGCAGCCCUCUGGGAAGAGAGGCUGUGAGGCCAGCUGCCAAACCUACGGGCAGACCUUCGCCAAUGCGGAAGACCUGUGUCGCACGGUUCUGGGCCACGCACUGCGGGUGGCAGCUCCUGGCUCCCGUCACUGUCUCAAUGUCUCCAUCUCCUCCUCUCCACGCGCCCGCCGCCCCCGCGCCUGGAUCUCCAAUGCUGCAGGCAGCGGCAGUGGCAGUGGUGACAGCCCCGAGUAGAUGUUUGGCUUUCAAUAAGUGUCCCUUCCCUGGGCCAGGAGUCAGGAGCCACCCAGAAACACAUCCUUCCCCCUCUCCCUCCCAAACCAUGCCCUGGGGUUGCUUAGACAGGCCUCUCUACCCGUUAUCCUAGAAAUGGCCCAACUCUCCCUUAGUCCACUCUCUUUCCUGGAAUAAUGUGACCGCCUAGACCACGCUAUACGAUGUGGCUGCUGCCUGGGGAAGUAGUUGGGAAGAACUGCCAAAAAAUGAUACUCUCUGACGGAAGAGGAAGAAGGGGGGAGGAAGGGAAGGAGACAGAGAUCAGCAAAACGGCGCAGCGGACCAACUCGGAUGACCUACAUCUAUCCCCAGAACUCACACAGUAAAAGAACCAGCUCCUGCAGGUUGACCUCUGACCUCCACAUUUCCAGUGGCACUCGUGUCCCUUCCCCAAACAAU